UGACCAGCUAUGCAUGCGCUAAGUAAAAAAAUGUGUUAAUAAGUCCUAAUUUUGAACAUUAAAUGAUUCAGUUAGUUGAAUGAUGUAGUAUGAUGCAUUGAGGUGGGCUAAAACAAACCUUUCAGUGGAAACAAUGGAGAGAGCUAGGGAGAAUAAGGGUGAGACUGCACAGUCCUUUCCCAAAUAUAUGGGAAGCAUUUGAUGAGAAGCUUAUUGCAUGAAUAUGAUCAUGCACAGUUAUUGUGAAAACUUGAGUUCUAUUCCCAGUUAAGUUUUACUUUGUUCUUAAUCUGAUAGUGAAACAAAGAUGCUUCUUGUGUCCUGUAUGUGUAGGUCCAUGGUUUUCAGCUAGUCUUUUUUCUGAGGUUCCUGUGAGACCACAGAAUACUUCUGAAGGCUCCAUGAAAGGUGACAGAAACUGCCUUGUUACCACUGGACACGUGAUUGCUGUUUAAGAAUUCCUGUCUUGAUAACAAUUUUUUAGAGUUCUUCAACCUGAGGAAGGCUGAAAUUACCGCUACAGGAUCUCCGAAAAUACAGCUUCUGAAAUGUCAUCUCCUGGCAGCAAUUGCCCACACCUGGAAUCAGUUGGCGAAAUAACAAAAGAGGAAUUGAUACAGAAAUCUCACGGCACUUGUCAGGACUGUAAAGUCAGAGGACCCAACCUUUGGGCAUGCUUAGAGAACAGAUGUACAUAUGUUGGCUGUGGUGAAUCCCAUGUUGAUCACAGUACCACCCAUUCCCAGGAGACAAAACACUGUCUAACAGUCAACCUUACUACACUCCGUGUUUGGUGUUAUGCCUGUAGUAAGGAAGUAUUCCUGGAUAGAAAAUUAGGAUCCCAUUCUCCACUACCAAAUGCAAGACUGUCUCACCAAGCACAAGAAAAUAGUGUGCAGGAUUUUAAAAUACCUAGUAAUCCCACACUGAAGAUUCCACUAGCAGCUGUAUUUGAUGACUUAGACAUAGAAGUGGAAGAAGAUGAGUUAAAGACUAGAGGUCUAACAGGAUUAAAAAAUAUUGGAAACACUUGUUACAUGAAUGCAGCUUUGCAAGCUCUCUCCAACUGCCCACCUUUGACGCACUUUUUUCUUGACUGUGGAGGCUUAGCCCGAACAGAUAAGAAACCGGCAAUUUGUAAAAGUUACCUCAAGCUGAUGACGGAACUCUGGCACAAAAGCAGGCCUGGUUCUGUUGUUCCUACUGGCUUAUUUCAAGGAAUUAAAACUGUUAAUCCAAUGUUUCGAGGCUACUCUCAACAGGAUGCACAAGAAUUUUUGCGUUGUCUAAUGGAUUUGCUUCAUGAAGAACUUAAAGAACCAGUUGUAGAACUGGAAGAUGUCCAGCCUAUGAGCGUUGAAGAGAGUAUGGAAGAAGACAAGAGCCAGUCAGAUGUAGGCUUUCAGCCCCGUGAAUCCUGUGGUACCUGUGAUAAAACAGAAAAUGAUGCUAUUUUCAAACCUGUCUUAGAGGAUCCUGCAGAAACAACCAUGUUAAUUCAGGAUGAUGAUAACUCAGUUACGUGCAAAGAUUGGCAGAAAGAAAAAAUACCAAGCAACAAGCUUAAACGAGCAAAUUCUAUGGAAGACUUGGAAAAAGACACAAGUACUGUUUCAGAGACCACUGAAUUUUUGAAUAAUCAAGGAACUGUCAAAGUACAGAUACACAGCAGAUUCUCGGAGUACAUCAAUGAUGUCAACAUGAAUGAUAUAUCUGCAGCCCAAACCCCAUCAUCAAAUGAAGGGAUAAACACACGUUUAUCAAGCAGUCCUCCAAAAUCGUUCUCAUCGUGCUCUUCACUAGCACCAGUCCACAAAAAAGUUUCAACUGUAUCGUCACCAAAAAGGAAGAAGCGCAAGAAGUACAGGAGUGUUAUCUCUGAUAUAUUUGAUGGGACUAUAAUAAGCUCAGUACAGUGCUUGACUUGUGAUCGGCUGUCUGUAACCCUGGAGACCUUUCAGGAUCUGUCCUUGCCUAUUCCAGGUAAGGAAGAUCUUGCUAAACUCCAUUCUGCAAGUCAUCAGACAUCUCUAGUCAAGGCAGGGUCAUGUGGAGAAGCGUAUGCCCCCCAGGGAUGGAUAGCUUUUUUUAUGGAAUAUUUCAAAAGAUGUUUCAGGUUUGUUGUCUCAUGUGUUCCUAGCUGGUUUUGGGGUCCAGUUGUAACCUUACAAGAUUGUCUUGCUGCCUUUUUCGCCAGAGAUGAGCUCAAGGGUGAUAACAUGUACAGCUGUGGAAGGUGUAAAAAGUUAAGAAAUGGAGUGAAAUUCUGCAAAGUGCAAAAAUUUCCUGAGAUAUUGUGCAUUCAUCUCAAAAGAUUUAGACAUGAACUUAUGUUUUCCACAAAAAUUGGGACCCAUGUGUCCUUUCCCUUGGAAGGCCUUGAUCUUCAGCCUUUCCUUGCGAAGGACAGUCCAGUUCAAAUAGUGACUUAUGAUCUUCUAUCUGUCAUCUGCCAUCAUGGAACUGCCAGCAGUGGACAUUAUAUAGCUUAUUGUCGCAACAAUUUAAAUAAUUUGUGGUAUGAAUUUGAUGACCAGAGUGUCACAGAAGUAUCAGAAUCCACAGUGCAAAAUGCAGAAGCCUAUGUUCUCUUCUACAGAAAGAGCAGUGAAGAAGCACAGAGGGAGAGACGGAGAAUAUCAGGUCUGCUGAAUAUGAUGGAACCAAGUCUUCUGCAGUUCUAUGUUUCCAGACAGUGGUUAAAUAAAUUCAAGACUUUUGCAGAGCCAGGACCAAUUUCAAAUAAUGACUUUCUCUGUGUGCAUGGAGGUGUUCCUCCACACAAAGCUAACUUCAUAGAGGACCUAGUUGUAAUGCUACCUCAAAAUAUAUGGGAUAAUCUGUAUAGCAGGUAUGGAGGAGGACCAGCUGUUAACCAUCUGUAUGUUUGUCACACUUGCCAAAUAGAGUCUGAAAGAAUUGAAAAAAGAAGGAAAAAUGAAUUGGAAAUGUUUAUUCGGCUUAAUAGAGCAUUCCAAGAAGAAGAAUCUCCAUCAACGUUUUACUGCAUCAGUAUGCAAUGGUUCAGAGAAUGGGAAGGAUUUGUAAAGGGUAAAGACAGUGAUCCUCCUGGUCCUAUUGAUAACGCUAAGAUUGCAGUAACAAAAUGUGGAAAUGCUGUGCUAAAACAAGGUGCAGAUUCUGGACAAAUAUCUGAAGAAACAUGGAAUUUUCUUCAGUCAAUCUAUGGAGGAGGUCCAGAGAUUAUACUCAGACCGCCUGUUCCUCCGGUAGAACCUGAUAUCUUGCAAACAGAGGAGAAGAUUGAACUAGAAACUCAUGGUCUGUAGCUACUGAGUAAAAGAUGAACUUGUAAGGAAUCCAGCUUCCUUACAAAAUGCCCAAAAUACAUUCCGAAAAGUUUUAUUCUCUUAUGUCUGUUGGAGGCACAGCUCACUGGGCAUUACAUUAACUACAGAAUAGUAAGUUGAAAUAUGUAUUACAAUUUGUUUAAAUAGAGGCUGUUUCUCUGUUCUGGAAGGCAUGUGGUUUGUACAUUUUGGAGUGUUUGGUCAAUGGAAAAAAAUGUAAUUUCUGAACUUUUUGUUAUAAGUCAAAAUCCUGUUAUAUCCUUAGACUUGAAAAAUGGGGACAAACUUUAGAGAUGUUCAAUGACCCUUCUGAUUUCUGAUUGGGCUUCUGAUAUCUACAAAAUUUUGCCUGUCUUAAUUGUACAGUCUUGAUAAGCCUAGUUAUACGGGGAGUAUAUUCUAAAUGGAUUGCAAUCAAUGACAAAGAAAAAGGAUUUUAAUUUCCUAAAUGCUCAGGAAAAAAAUUCUCACUUAUUUUGCACUGUAACUAUAUGAAAUGGGUAGUAUAUAACAUCCAAAUACUUAUUGUAUUUGAAUGGAUCAAACAUUAGUGUAGAUUGAAUAUUGUUUUAGUCAGCAAAUGUCAUAACUUAUUACCUGCUAAAUUUUACAUCUUAUUAUAGUCUUCUGUAAUUCUAUAAACCUGGCUAGUGUCUUUAAUAGUAUAUGUGACAAAAAGAUUUAGUCUUCUCUAGGGUAACGUUUGAGAGCAUGAAGAGUGAAAUGUAAAAUGAUUAUGGACAUGAGUGAUAUAAAUUUCAGAAAUUAAAUUGUCUAGUCUCUUGAAUUACAUUCAUAAAGAGUUCCAUUUGAAGGAUUUUAUUGUAUUGUUAAAAAUUUUCAUUGGCAUGGUGACCUAUAAUGUCAGAAGCUGGAUAAAAUGUAUAUAUUGCAAAACUUUACUGAAUGAUUCAUAUUGGAAUGCAGAAUGGCACUUGCUCUUGUUUUUGCCUGAUAUUGUUACCAAAUAAGCAGCAUUAUUCAAGGCUGGAUCAAUAAAAAAAAAUAAACUGUGGAAAAGGGGGGGGGAGCUUUCUUAAACAUUUGAUUUAUUACAUCAAUACAAAAAAACUUUGGAAGUAAUGCUGUGGUACUGCUCUCACAUCUAUAUAGCUGUCUUUCUUGACCACUUUAUGUUUUGGCAAUGAUGUUGACAGUUCUAGCUCCAAAGCAAGUAAAUGCUGACAUAACAUUCUUCUAUAUAGUUUUAUAUCUAGUCUAAAAUCAAACUGGUUUUGAACUUUGUAAAGCACUUACAGCCAUUCUAUAUAAAAAGCCACCCAUAAGAGUCCUAGAGUAAACGUCCUGUAACCUUAAGUAUGUGCUAAUGUGCCGCGUAGGAGUCAGUUCUGUCUGAAUGUAAAUCCCAGUAUUUUCCUCAGGCUACCUGAGAAGAACUAGAGCUCAAAACGUAGCAGUGCAUAUAAGGGGUAAAUGGACAGCAAUGUAAAGCCAAUGAUUAUGUAGUUGGUACAUAAGGAAAACAUUUUUCAAUUUUAAAUUGUAUUGCAGGUAACUUUUGGCCAGCCUAUUAAGUUUCUGACCUUGUAUGUAAGUGCUCUUUAGAUUCCAGAGGAGGACAUGGGCCACGGGCAGCUGAGAAGCCUUGCAUGUACAUGGGUGUGAAUGUGAAGAAACCAGCAAGCAGAGACUUCUAAUGUCUCACAAUGCAUUUGGACAAAUUUAUAUUAGUAGAUAAGGCAAUGUGAAGUGAGUUACCUCUGCAUGUACACGGUAAACAAACACAUCAGUUACUGCUACAGACUUGCCUUGCUGAUUAAAGUAAAGUUAACUUGCUUAUGAACAGUCAAUAGUAACUUGCUGACCUUGGCCUUUGGAAGGCUGUUCUAACUUCCUACCUCCAUUUUUUUGUCCUUUCUUCAUGUUAGGGUGACUAAACUAAACCUGGAUUUACACCGUCUUAUUUUAACUUCUUUUUUUUUUUUAUUUUUUUCCCCCCCUAAGGUAUUGUCUCACUUAAGCUAUUCCUAAUGUUCUCUAACAUAUUAAAACUAAAUAACAAUGAAUAGGACUGUAUACUUCAGGAAAGAAUUUUUU